ACAUAAAAUGCACACUUAAAGUUAAUGUAAUAAAUGCAGCAAGAGCCCUGUAGACUCGAAUCCGAUAGUGGUGUCACUUGUAACUUUCAGUAGUCCCGUAACGCACAGCACCGCACAAAAUUUUAGGCAAAGCUAGAAAUACCUCGCUUUUUUAUUUUAUGCCCAAUCUCCACCAACAACCAGUUCCCAUUAAGUCAACUUUUCCACUCCCCACCUAUCCUUUCUUUCGCUCAUAUCUUCUUCGAUAACCUUUAUUGCAAUCGACAACCGACGCUUUCUUUUUCCCUCCAAAUUUCGAAUUUUCCAGAUCUUCUUAAAAGUAGAUCAACCCUAAUCCAUUCACGAUGCCUCCUAAGAAGCAGUGGGAUGACGAGGACGAUGAGUCCAGUACUCCUCCAACUUCCCCCGUUGUCGGCGGUAUCCGUCGUAGCAAGUUUGAUGAUGAAGAGGGCGAGGAUAGUGAUGUCCUUGAAUCGUGGGAUGCUGCUGAAGAUUCAGAGGCCGAGCGCGAGAAGGCCAAGAAGGCAGCUGAGGCCAAGGCCAAGGCUGAUGCCGAAGCUGCUGCUAACAAGAAGUCUAAGGCCCAACGCAUCGCCGAGCACAAGGCUGAGCGUGCGCGCCGCCUAGCUGCAGGCUCCGACGUAUCAGAAGAUGAGGACGAAGCCGAGCGACGCGAACGAAUACGCCGCACUGAGAAGGAAUCCGAUCUGAAGCACGCCGAAGAUCUUUUUGGCGAUGCUGGUAUCAGUCUUAGCAACGGGCGCAAGGCUACUACUGUUGGCUCUGCCGUACCUAUUGAUCCCCAAGACCCUACCAAGACCGUCGAUCUCGGUACUCUACCUCUUUUCAACCCCCAGACUAAGACACAAUUCGAGACCCUGCGCAAUACGAUAGUCCCAAUUUUAGCCGGGAAUCACAAGAAGGCACAUUACGGCUUGUUCCUCCAGGAAUUUGCUAAGCAACUUGCCAAGGACCUACCUAGCGAUCAGAUCAAGAAGGUUGCCAGCACCCUCACUACUCUUAGCAAUGAAAAGAUGAAGGAAGAGAAGGCAGCUGAGAAGGGCGGCAAGAAGACAAAGGCACAGAAAACCAAGACCAUACUGGUGACCAGCAGGGCCAACACUACAGAUGUCGGUACCUAUGAAGAGGACUUCGGAGAGUGAGUUGUCAUGAUGCUUCGUACGUGUUCCUUGUAACUAACAGCCUACCUAGUGAGGACUUUAUGUGAAGAACACAAAUGAGAUUCAAAUAUCGUGGCCUUUGUCACGGUACCUUUACAUACCUUCGCAUGGGCUGCCCCCUUCCACAGGCCUGCCGUGGUGGACGUUUGGAGCUAUAUCCCCUGCAUGCAACAAUGGGCAUUUUGAAUUUCUAAUAUAGGUUGCCGAAUACCAGUUGCCCUCCCCCCCUACUUUACCCUCCACCUCCCUCUACCCCUCGAGUGCCCCGAGCCGAGGUUUAAUUCGAGAUAAGCUAUGGUGAUGAUUAGUGACGAUGUGUGAACUAGCCUAUGGAAACUGGUGGACAUGCAACGAUCAAUUCGCAGCCACGUUAGGCCUGGCCAAGUCGAGGUUAUACUGACUUGGCUAUGGGGGACUCUAACUUGCAUUUGCGUUGUGCCAAUAGACCGAGUCGAGCCGAGCUAUGCUGUGGGAUCUGGUGACGAGGCUGGUGGGUUUGGUUGGUUGAUCGGUUGGAGUAUUGUGUGGCCUCGAGACGAGAAUGCAGAUAAAUGAGGCUUACGUACCUCCAAUGGUUAAUUCAAAUUUGCGGAAAUUUACACCAAUGCGAUACCUUUUUCGUA